CCUCUCCUAGCAACGGUCGUCGUAUGCACUGACUCCACACAGUCAUGGCCUCAGCAGCGCAGCCGGAAGCCCAGAAUGGGGCUGCCGUGGGAUUAGCCCAGAUUGCAGAGAACCCCAAGUGUCCGGAAACAGAAGAAAAGUGUCUAGUGCCAGCACAUGACAAAUGUCCAGCAGGACACAGCUCAGAGCCAGAGCUCCAAGAGGAAGCACCCAAGCCAGGAGAGGAAGGGCUCAAUCCAGAGGUGGAAGCAGGAGAGGAGAGAGAACCCAGGCCUACAGCAUCCACCGUGAGACCCAGACAUGGGCCCAAAAGGAAGCCCAUCAAGCCUCUUGUCCCUGGCUUGGCCAACCUAGCCCUCCCAGGGCCUAGCCACCAUGCCCAUCCUCGGGCUGAAGCCGAGCUGCCACCAGGGCUGCAGCUGCAGAGGGAGGAGCCAGAGGGCAGCCACAGUGAGUCCUCACUGUCUGCCAAACAGCACAAAAAAGCCAAAAAACGCAAGAGUGUGGGGGCUCCUGUGCUCCCAGCUGUUGUCAGCACAGCAUCUGUACCCACAGAGACCUUGGGGUUGGAUCGAAAAGCCCAGCGCCUGCGGCCACUAUACCAGUACAUCAACUACCGCAACCCUGAGCUGAACCAGGCAGGGGAGGAAGACAGGGAGACAGAGGUGGUGCCUGAAUCUGAGUUGGCCCUGGUCCCUGAGGAAGCAGGUGUGGAACAGAUGCAGACCCUGCUGCCUAUGGCAGGUGAGCUGGGCUUAGGCCUUGCUUUACCCUGUUCUAAUGCAACAGUACCCCUCACUCAUACUAUUGCUCCUCCUCUGGGAGAAGAGGUUGGAGAGGAGUCUGGGGGUUUGUCCAGCCUGAGGGUGAGUGGCAGCCUCAAGGCUGAGGUGGAUACGACAACCCAGGUGGAUAUCAACAAGAUGCUGAGUGUCUGUGCUGCUCCUCUUGUGCCCCCACUCUCCCCUCAGUACAAGUGACCAUCUACCCAUUGGGAGUUUCCCUCCUCCCAGGCCUGAAUCAGGGCUGUAAGCCUGUAGACCUAGGUCAUCUGAUGGUGGAAGGAAUAUGGUUCCUGUCUGUGCUUGGAAACUUGGGCUUGCUGAAAAUAAAUAUUUCUCCCUUUUUAAGACUGUGAUUACCCAAAUAUGAUGGGGAUAGGAGGGGAGGACUCACCCAUGUAAGCCAUAGCCUGACUGGUCAUCUGGAUCAGCUGGAACCUUGACAAGUGAUAGAUUCCUGAAUACCAUCACAGACCUGAGUCAGAAGUAGGUAAAGUAGGCAUGGGGCCCAGUUCUGUGUAGUCUCCCCAGGUGAAUCUGAAGGUCAGACAGGUAAUGGCAAAGGAUGAAUAGGGAAAUGAGGAAGAGGAACUUGGGACAGAGGUAAUAGAGGUAUUAAGAAAAAAGUGGUGGGGCUGGAGAUUUGGCUCAGCGGUUAAGA